AAACGUCUGAUCAACUUAAAAACGGCCAUUACUAUAAACAAAAUUAGAUAACAUUUCGGAUAUGCGAAAGAAAUACAAAUCAGCAUGAAUGCGAAAAUAUUAUAAAUAUUUCAUCGUAAACAAACGUUGUGGUGUAAACACCAAAUAGUUGUGGUACACGUAUUUCGAAGAAAAUCUAUAUGAAACAGUUUAGCCCAGAAAUCUUUGAUGACAAACAUUUUUCGUUCAAAUUUUAAUUUAUCAAAAUUUCUAAAAAAGAAUGUCAUAUUCCCCUUUCCAAUCAACAGAAACUGGCAAUUGGACGGACUUACCUCUGCAUUGUGUACUUUAUGAAUGGUUAACAAAAAACAUGAAUUUGCCUAACGACUACGGUACGAUCAUUGCCUACAUUGGAUUAUUCCUUAUAACAUGGUAUACAAUAAUAUGGGCAGUUCGCUUAGUAAUGGCGGUUAUUUGGCCAUUAUUUAUUAUAGCUUCUGCAAUUGUUGUAUUUCGAAUAUUACAGUUCUAUGAUCCCGAAGAAAUCACUACAAUUAUGAUGAAAUCGUUCAGUAUUAUUGCAGAUACAUUGGUAAUGGUUUUAGCUAAACUUCUAGAAUUUGCAUUUGAUAUAUUCGAUUAAAUGGAAUCAUACUUCAAAGCAGUAGACAUAAAAUGAAGCGAA